AUGUAUCAUUCUGCUGCGGAUUCCAAGAUGUAUGAUCCUUUUGCUAGCGUGACAGUCAACGAACAGAGCACCACUGAUGGUACACGCGCCGUCUCGCUCAGCGUUGCGAGUGCAGAACGUGAGACUCAGACUGAUAUGGCAUCUAUGUUGCCGCCAGAGGCGCCACAACCACCAGACCCCGCUGAUCUUCUCGCCGAUAUACAGAAGGCAGCUGAGGAUGUGUCACAGCUGGUUGGGCGAUUCGGCUUAAAAAUGGCUCAGAUACUCAUAGCAUCACGUACCAAGGAAGUUUUGUUCAAGUCGGACCGCAGCCAGAUGCAGCUCCCGUGUCUGGGCUAUGCUGACGAGUUCAGCUGUCAGCUCACAAAGGAGUAUCACGAACCGAUUGAGCUCGAGGGGGAGGCCCCGAUGUUGUGGUGGCUGUGGAGCCCGCUGCUCGAGUGGCUCUCGUCGACCAUUGGCUCAAGCGGCUGUACGCUCGUGUUCACGCCUGCCUGCAAGGCCGACGUUGACUUGCCCGACAAAUUCAGCAUCCGACUUUGGAGCACUACAGAAAAUACCGAAAAUAUCGAGCUGACGGCCACGUACGGGGGUUGCUUUGCGGAGCGGCGCAUCUAUGACGCACCUGUCGCGAGGUUUUGCUCCCGAAAACAGACUUUCGGGAGCAACACAUUCACUUUGUCGAUGGACGAAAGUCAAGUGCCGUACGAAGGGGCAUCGUUUGAAGUCGCGUUUGAUUAUCUCUUGCCACGAACUCUCAGCGUUUGGCGUGGCGCCAUGAACAUCUUGCCAAACGAAGAAGAGCAGGAGCAACUUGUCAAGGCUCUCGUCGGAGCUUGUGAAGCCAAGGACGACCAGAUGCCCUUAUUGGAGGAAAAUGAUUUGCAAUGCAGACAAUUGAUACGACGAUUACCGCCAAAGGCUCGAAUAUGGACAGUGGAAGCAGGUCUCCUCGGACAAGACAGGGUCUAUGCAGUAUAA